AUGCGUAUAGACUAGUAUAGCCUUUCUUCUUUCUUCUUCACAUUUGGUUGGCUAUAAAGAGCGAACCCAACAGCACUCUGUUCUUCAUUCAUAUUUUCCACUUACAACUAAAACUAAACCGAGGAAGAAAGAGCAGAGAGAGAUCAAAGAAUGGCGGGAAUCAUCCAGAAGAUCGGGGAGAAGCUCCACAUGGGCGGUGGAGCAGAACAGCACAAGGACACAAAAGACGAGAAGCAGCACUCCGGCGACGCCCACAAGCAGCAGGGCGAGCACAAGGAAGGCAUCAUCGACAAGAUCAAGGACAAGCUCCCCGGCGGCGGCGGCGACCACAAGGAAACCGCCGGCACCCACGACGGCGAGAAGAAGAAGAAGAAGAACAAGGACAAGAAGAAGGACAAGAAGGACCACGACGGGGGACACGACAGCAGCAGCAGCAGCGACAGCGACUGACCGCCCCGGCUGAUUUCUCUUAAUAAUCAAGGGUUUUACUGCAGAGCUAUGUGCGAAGCUCCAUCUCACACAACGUUUGCCUGCUUGCGUUGUGUGGAACUAUUUAGCUAGAAUAAUCGACCCAUGCUGUUUUUCUUCUUCUUAUUUUGGAUCUGGUUUAUAUCCCAUAGGUAUUCCGCCAUUUCACUGUUGUGAGCUAUCCGCUUUUAUUAUGAAUGUGUCUCGCUUGAUUGUGUGCCUCUGCUAAUCUCUGUUUUAU